AUGGAAACAAGCACUCUAACCGGUAUUUUUUGGAUGAGUCCGGAACAAGUAAUAUUGUGGCAUAAAUUUGGUGAUUCAAUCGGUCAUGACAACAUAGCAAGAACAAAUCGUUAUCAUAUACCCCUAUCCCUUUUUGUAGUUCUAGAUGAUAAUAUAAAAUUAAGAAUAGUUGCUCAGGCUCUUAUAAGUGAUAAAAUGACAGAGUCAUACCAAUGGAAUGAAUUAAUUGCUACUUACCCAACUUCGACAUCAUUCGUUGAAAGUCAAAAUGCUUGUAUCAAAUGUGCUAUUGAAAGUAGCAACAUAUCAUUCUAUGAGCUUGGUAAUAUUCUUAUAGAUAAUUUUGAAGAUAAACAGAAACAAAUCAAAUAUGAAGCUCAAAUAAAAAAUAUUUCUUUAACAAACACAGUAACAAUUUUUCCACAAAUUAAGCCAAAUGUUAUAUGGUUUUUAAUUAAUCAAAUGAAAGAGAGUAUUUUUUAUACAGCAUAUCAUUCUAAUGUCAAAGAAAUUAAAGGUUCACCUGUAACUAAUCCAUCUGAAAAUGAAAAUUUUGAGAAUGAAUCAGACAAUUUAUUCUU